AUGUCCUCGUACCGGUACGGCCGUCCGGCCCUCAAGAAUAGCGUUGAUGUGCAACUGCAGACUGCCUUUAGCGAUGGCAACUGGAACACUGUCAUCCGGCUAGCCACGAAACGGGCGGCUACUUUGAAGGAUCCGUACUAUGAGGCUAUCAAGAUGGCCGCCGAGGCCCAGCUCGAGAACACCGCUGAAAAAUGUGCCGUGUUUGGAGCUAUCGAAGAGUUAGUCAAAGACAAGAAGUCGCCUGAUAUCGACACCAUUGAGCUUUACGAGUGGGCAUGCCGUGACUUCUUCGACGCCGAGGUCGAAUAUGCCGACUCUCUUGGACCCUUGAGGGCUCGUUGGGCCAAGGCCAACCCUAGUAGUCCCCUGGCGCUACAAUGCCUUCGGUCCUGCUUGGAAAAGUGGGAUCUUGUGAGUGCUCAGCAGAUUGCGACGAGUUUGGAUAAAGCUUAUGCCAACACUUCGGACCGCCGGUAUAUGUUCUGGAACAUAACCCUUACGUUCCUGCUUUCAAUUAGUCCCCAAUGCACCGAUGCGAGCCGUAAGGUUUACAGUUUACUAGCCGUCCGACAGCUCGAGAGAGCUGCAGACUUGACAGAAAAUUCCGCCAAACUAGAAGUCACAGACCGCGGCCUUCUCGCAGAGGAGGAGGUAUGUCUGUACUACCGCGUCUUGCGCAGCCAUGGGACCAAGGAAGAGUUCAUAUCCCGGUUGAAAAGCCCCAAGCUUGGGGCCAUUAACCAACUCAAGCAGAAUCGCAAGGUUUUGUUCUGGGAAGCUCUCGAGGCGCUGGAGACCUGGGGCGAGUGGGACCUUAUCAACAACUUGUGCCGUGAAGCGUUGUCGCUUGGCUUGGAAGGAGAAAAGCCCUCUUUCUUUGUCUGCGAUUUGCAGAUAUGGAAGAAGUUUGCGUUAGCCGCCAGCAAGGUCGAAGACUCAGAAAGCGCUCUCAACGAAGUGCAGGCCGUUCUCAAAAAAUACAUCGACAUCAAAGACCAGGCAAGCGCCAUGUACAAGAAGAAUAUCAGCUUGGCACUGUUAGAGACAACCUUUAGGCUUCCCACGGGAAGUGCUGGUGAUGAAACCGGUGGACUGUCGCCCAGGGUGGCCCAAAUAGGUCGCUUCCUUGACCAAUACUUUGAGCGGUUGUCUGCCUUUGAAGACGUCAAAAGUUACGUUGCUGAAUUGUCCUUCGAUGAGGUUAAGAGUCUCUUGGAUGAAGUCAUACCCAAGGUGGUUGAUGAGGGUGGCGAUAAGGCGAAGAAGAUUGUCUUAAGAACUUUGGAAUACAGGCUUCGGUACCUCCUUUCCACCUGCCCACAGACUCUGUCACCACAGCUGCCCGUCGAGGGCGGUCAACCCCAAGAACAACCAUCCCAAUGCCGCAUAUGCACCAAGGCAGCUUCGAUUCCGUGUCUGACGUGCCUAAAGAAGCUUGUUGUGGAGGCGGCGGCUACCUACAACCAAAUCACAGGCGACAAGGAGCUUCUGGAGGCCAUCCCUAGGCUGGAUAAAGACCCACGGCUGGACUUGGCCCUUGUACUGGGCAUGUCCCUUUUGAAGCUGUCUGGGCUCACACCAGGGACCUCGGACACGAACUACUCGUUGUGGGAAUCAGUCGACCUCGGCGUGUUUUUGCAAGCGGUGCUAGUUCUCGAUGCUCAACUGCAAAAGACACCAGAGGAUAUCCAGCUGCGACUACUUUUGGUCCAGCUGUACCUCCUCCUUGGUUGUGCCUCAUAUGCGUACCAGCUCUGGACACCUCUUGAAGUCAAACGGACGAUCCAGGAUGCGCUCAGCCCAUUAUUCUUCGACAGGAUAUCCGACAUUUCGCCCGGGUUGUUCCAGGGCCCUCGUCCGUUGAUGGAGCCGCUGCGCAGUUACUACAAACACAACCUCGGUGAGAGGUCGCCGGUGCGCAUAUGGGAUGCUUUCUCAGCAGGCAGCUACACCAGCAUCUUUGACAUGACCAACUAUGAUCAUGAUCUGCGCAGGAGCUCUACCCUCAUGAUGACUCUCGUGGAGGAGAGGCGUGCGAUUCGGUGUUACGGUGGGAAGAUCGACUCCGAGAUUGACCAGCAUCCACUCACAGGAAACAUCAACGGUGGCACGGUCCUCGUCAAUAAGACCGAUUACGGUUCUUUUGCAAACCUGGAAAGCGCUCAUGGCCCUCCGGUCCAGGAGUAUCUUCGCCUCGGGCCAGGUCUCUCGAAUGAACGCUCUCACCUUGCCUAUCUCUCGGAACAAUUCCUGGACCUCCUUCUCUACAAGCCGCCAAAAGAGCACAAACUCGCCAAGCAGCAAGUCGAAGCGGCUCGCCAUGACCGCGAGUACACGCUCGAGACGCUGGAGCGGCUCAGCAACUCCCUCGCCGACAUCCUGCACCAACCGGACACGCCCUCCCGCCUAACACGAUCCGAGACAAGCUACUACACCGUCCUCUCCCACCUCGCUGCAGGACUCCUCGUUGCGCUAUCCACCCCACGCUCCGACCCCAUACCCAAGUCGCUAUCCCAUCUAACAGCAUCCAUCAAAACCACCUUCACCACCCUCCGCUCGUCCCUCGCCCCCAUCAGCACCACAGAAGAAACCCCAACCACCAACCCCCCAGCCAUCCCCACUCUAACCUCCAUGCCCGCGCUCUCCUACCUCCGCCUAUCCUCCCUCGCGAUCCGUUCCGCCGCCACCUUCCUCACAGCCUCCCACGACCGGGAGCUAGCGCGCAAUCGUACCGGGCGCUCGGGCGUACACCGUGACGCGCUGGCUGAGAUGCGCGGUUUGGACGCGAAUGUAGCGGUUAAGGGGCUGGCUGAGGUGAAAGGGACGGUGUUGAGGUUGAAGGAGGCGUUGGGGGAGGGGGGGUGGUUGGAUCGGGUUUUGGAUUUGGUUUUUGGUGGGGAGGAGGAGGAGGAGAUGAAGGAGGAGGGGGGAGGAGGAGGGGGGGAAGUGAGGAGGGCAGUGGAAGAGGUUGUUGGGGGUCGGGGUGGUGCGGAGGAGUGGGCUGGGAAGGUGGUGGAGAGUUGGCGGGAGGGGGUUAUGGGGUGGGGGAUGGUGAGGAUGGAGUAA